GACCUCCACCCUCCGCGCAAGGAAAACGCCCAGCGUCAUUACUGUUAUCGACCGCAAUUGCACGCACACAGCGACAGCACGCAACACCAAUACGAGUGCACCAAAAGCAGCCGACACCUUUACAGCGAGCGACACCAACACACUGCACCGCUGCCCGCCUAGAUAACUAAUACGCUCGUAAUUAACGCGCAUUCAGCCAGCAGUCAGCGCGCCGCACAUCGCGCUAUCAGUUGAUUUGUUCGUUUAAGCACCGCGCGUCAUACCUCGCACGUCGCGCAACGUCGACUACUCGUCUUGUAGUCUCUCCAGCAAAUAGCGAGUGCAACAUUGACUCCCCCCCCUUGCGGCUAAUAACGGUGUUAUUCACUACUUGUUUUAAUUAUUGCCAGCGUUGAGUGAGCUUGCGCUUUGUCUAAGCGUUCAAGUAGCCAUAACGGUUCCGUUGGGGAGCGCGAGCGUAAUCAGAAAGUCGAGUGCACACAUACACAGGCACAAGCGCUUAGCUGAAAUAAAACGGCAUAUAGGCACACAUACACAAGUGCAGCAGCAGCAGCAAUAGCAAUAGCAACAGCAAAGCCAAAAGCAACGACAAAAUGUUCGCUGUAAUGAGAAUCGACAACGAUGACUGCCGGUCGGAUUUCCGCCGCAAGAUGCGUCCAAAGUGUGAGUUCAUUUGCAAGUACUGCCAGCGGCGUUUCACCAAACCCUACAAUCUGAUGAUUCACGAGCGCACCCACAAAUCACCCGAGAUAACGUACUCCUGCGAGGUCUGCGGCAAAUACUUCAAGCAACGCGACAACCUGCGUCAACACAGAUGUAGUCAAUGUGUUUGGCGAUAAACAGCAAACGCCAGCUCAAACUUAAGCACUUCUUCUCUCAUGCACUUAAAUUAAAAACGCUAAAGCGAAAAAGCAAAAACAUGAAACAAUAUAUAAAUAUGACAUACAUACCUACUAUAUAAAUCACCUAGAACCCAGCUAUAAAAAGCAAGCACAAAUGUUGCACGCACGCACGAAUGCACGUAUGCACGUAAAUGUACGCCCUUACCACCACUUGCACUUUGCACGCAAACAAACAAAAACAACAGCAACAAUAAUUUGGCAAAAUAUUUAAAUAAGUAAUAAUAAAGUAAAGCAGACUGCAAACUUAGCAAACGCUCAUGGUGCGGCGCUGCAACCGAUCUCCAUGUGGUGGCGCGUAGCCUCGGCCUCCUCGUUGGUGUAUGGGGUCUUUGGUGGCUUGGAAAUGUUUGAAUUGAACUUGUGGUGAUUGGUGUUAUUGGCGGCGGCGGUAUAAGUGAAGCUUCCAUAAGCGGACCAUCAAUGGAAGCAAACCUGUAAAUACAUACAUACAUACAUAUAAGUGGCUGCUUGCGCGUCAACGCAAUUUCGCACAGUUUCUGGCAAUUUGAAGUAUGCACAUGGAUACUUGCGGACGCAUGUACUAAACAAGCCAACAAAGCUCGCGAAAACUCCAAAACUCAACUCAUAUUUAUGUAUGUAUAUCACUAAGCACCACAAUGAAAGCGCAACCAAUGCUUCAACUAAUUAUCCAACUGGAAUAACAGCAGAUAAGUAAGUACAUAUGUACAACAACAGCAUGCCACAUAGAUCCACCCAAGAGCCUCGGACGUAAGCCAAUAGUACCAACAACAGCCUUCGAUUCAAUUAACUACGGUUUACAACAACAACAUAACGAACAACAACAAUAAUAACAAUAACAACAACCACCUCGACAUCGACUUCCACUGCGGCGCUGUCGCAAAAGCGCAAUUAAGCAACGACUUUUUGCGUUUUUUAACUUCAGCGCCACGCAGCGCGUCAAAAUCAAGCGUCGAACGAAGAAGCGGCCGCAAAGCGUAGAAAUAUUAGCUUGUCACAAGCCACCAAGCCAUGAGUCAUAAGCGCGCAACAAACUUUGCAGUCAACUUUUCAACAUCUUCACAUAAAGCACACACACACACCCACUCACAUCAGCAAACAGUUUCGAACGUGCAAUGUCAGCAAAUCAGCGUUGUCCAGCGCCUCAACAGGAGUGCCUGCUGUGUCUUCAAGGUGUCUCCUCAGCGGCCAAAGGCGCAACCAAUGCAAGCGCGCACACGCGUAAACACCCAACCAGUGCUUUCGGCUUGGCGCGCAUGCCCACGCGUCCGCGGAAACGCAUCGUGUUGCAGCAACUUCCACUGGCGCGCUGCUUCAGCUAAGCGUACACUGUGCCUGCGCUGCGCAUGCGUAAUUUCAUCAACAGUAAUUAUUAUUAUUAUAUUAUAUUUUUAUAUUUUUUAUUACUUUAUUGCGUAUUCUUUGUUUGUUAUAAAAACUCUAAUUUUCUUGUUAAACAAAUUCUCUUCCCCUUUCCCUGCGUACUCUGCUAAGCUUUCCUCUAAUUAUUUAAGCGCUUGUUUAUUAUUUUUCUAAUUUUCAAAAACAUAAAAAAAAAACAAAAAACGUUUAAUGAAACUAAUUUAAAAAAGUAUUGAAUUUUGUCGGUUUCGAUCGCCUUAAGCUUUUAAUAUAAAUGAGAAGGAAAUGUGCACUAUUCAAGUAACGUUUAUGUAUGUAGUGGUAAUGAUGCGAUGCCUAUUAAAUAUGUAAGCAUUUUGUAGCGUUUGCCUGCAGUCUCCUACUUGCCGCUCGCCCUGCGCCCCCCGUGCCCCGCGAUUCUCUCGAAUUGUCUCCACAUUUAAGACUUAUCUCGUGGCAAUUACGAGUAUUAUAGACAUGAAAUAAUUAUUUACUAAUACAUACACACACACACACACAAUAAACACA